UGGCACAGAAAUAUCACAAGCAUAUAAACUGAUAAAAAAUAGCCAAGUAAUUAUCUGAACCAUGGCUGAUUCGCAGGACAGUAUUUUGGAUUCUGUUCUGCAUGGGAACGUGACGAGUGUACCUGAACCACCAUCUAGAGUGGUCAAAAUUAUGGUCAUCUCCUCAAAAUCAGAUUUUGAAAUGGAAAGGCGGUAUCUACAUGAAAAUGUUUGGCCUGAACUGCAAAGACAUUGUGCCGCAUCUGCUGUAGAUUUUGAAAUUUUGGAUGUCCAACAAGGAAAUGAUUUAGACUCUACCUACGAUCCUUAUACAUUUGAAUUACAAUUAAAAGAAAUUGAAAACAGUUACAGAGAAUCUUUAGGCUGCUUUUUACUUUGUCUGAUUGGAAACAAGUACAAACCAUGUCCACUUCCAAGAUGUAUAGAAGCAACAGAAUUUAAUCCUAUUUAUGACAAAGCUCAUGAAGCAGGAUUAGACGUCAGUCUUUUAAAUCAAUGGUAUACUCUAAACUCAAAUAUGGUGCCUCCAACAUACGUAGUCAAAUCUUUAAAUCAAAAACUGAAGUGUUCAUUUAGGAGAUCUUCUGAAACAAUAAGAGCAGAAUUUGAAAUUCAGGCUCAAGAAUUAGUUGAAGAAGAGGAACAAGUAUUUAAAAUUCUGCAGUACGGUGCUCGCCAAGCUUAUCAAGAAGGCCUCAUGAAUCAAAACAAAGAAGCUCAUCAAAGAAAAUACUUUAUGUCAGGUGUAUACAACCAGCUAGACUUUGCCCUAGGCCUGUCUACAAAUGCUCAACAAAGAAUGAUCUGUGUGAUAAGGCAAAUAGAUGGUCUGGUAACAAAUGAUUCCGCAAUCUCUCAAUACGUAGAUGUAUCUUCACAUGAGAACUUCACAAUUGAUGAAGAAUCUGCUUCGGGAGUUCAGAAUUUAAUUGAUGAUGUCAUAUUCUAUGUCAAUCGUAAAAAUAUUCACUAUUUCAACGUACAAUGGAAAGAAGGUGGUUUGGAUACGAGUUAUAGAGAGCACAAAUAUUAUUUGGAAAAAUUCGGUAACUCCAUCUUCACCAGCAUAAAAACAUUAGUAGAUGAAGACAUAGCUGCCACAACACCGGAUUGGCAAAAUCUUCCUCCAAGAAUUCGGAAACCAAUUCAAGAAGUAGUAAGAGAGUCACAAAGUCAUUUAAGCAACAGUCGGCAGCAUUUAAGGGUGUUGGGAGUAUCACAGUCACUGGACAGUGACUGUGGAGCACUUCUUCAAAUUCAAAAUUUGAUGAUCAUUCAAGAUGAAAACCGAAUGAGGCAUUCACCCGUAAUCGUCUAUGGUCAAGAUGGAUCAGGGAAAUCUACUCUUCUCUCUCAGGUAUUCAUGUACUGUCCAGAGUGGCUAGGAAACGAUGUUGUGCGCAUCAUUCGCCAUGUCGGAAGAAGUCCUUGCACAUCUUUCACACCAGAACUAUUACGCAAUCUGUGUCUCCACAUCAGCUUAUUGUUCGGGUUUGAAAUAAGUCCAAGUCACUACAGUUUUGAACUUGGAAAGCUCAGCAUAUGGUUUCAAGACUUGAUCAAGUUAGUGGAAGCUAAAAGUGAUGACCUUGUCAUAGUGCUUGACAAUCUGCAUUCUUUACGAUGCGCGCCAAAUAACCAAGCUUCCAUCCUUGGAUGGCUUCCAUGGAACCUUCCGCCAAACGUCCACAUAAUAUGUUCCAUUGCUGAGGAAGAAGAGAAAAUUUUAGGUUUACUUAAGAGCAGAAUAUCAACCAAUGAAAAUUUCGUACACAUAUUACCCGUUACUGGGCAAUCGGCUUUAAGCAUGAUGCAAUCCAAUUUAAAAGAUAAUAAGUAUUCCCUGACCCCAGAACAGUGGCAGUUAGUUAAAGAACAAAUUGGAGAUAAGUCUUUGAGUUCCUUGUGCGUGAAACUUUUAUCAAAUGUGGCCAAAAAUUGGACCUCCUCCAAAAGCAUUGCAGAAAAAGAUGUGCCCUUAACACUGAAAGAAUUAGUGAACUUAUUUUUCAUAGAUUUAGAAAAUAAAUAUGGUGUUGAGAUGAUACGAAAAAUAUCAACGUAUCUCACGUGUACUAGUUUUGGUUUAAGAGAAGCUGAAAUUGUUGAGCUUUUAGCUUCUACAGAAUAUGAAGGUCCUCAAAUGGAUAACGAACAAGAUAGUAAAAAGUGUGAGUUUACAACAAGUAGCUGGCUUGACAUAAAGAAAGAACUAAGUGUGUUAAUGAAAAUGUAUUACGUUGAUAAACGCCCUUACUUGUACUGGAGUCACACAACUAUUGCAGAUGCAGUCAGAGAACGUUAUCUGCCCACAAGUGAAGAUUCCAGGGUUUGCCAUACUGACCUCGGAAAUGCUUUUCACUUGGGAUUUCUUAUGGAAAAGGAACAAAAGGGUUCACCGAUGGAUGAAUCCAAGUCAAAGAGAAGGGAUGACUGGUCAGAUAUGUUGAGAGAGAUAGACGAGCUUUGGUAUCAUCUCAUGCUCAGUGGUGAUCAAAAAAAGUUGAAACAAGACGCCGUUUGCAAUUUCGAUUUUCUACUUGCUGCCACCCGAGGAGCAUCGAUAAGCUACACGAGAAGUAUAUUGGAAAUCGUACGUUGUCAGAUGCUUGAUUGGGAGAUAGAAUUAUUGUACAGUAUGACAAAACAGUCUGUUGACGUUCUCAGCCAAGAUCCAUUACAGUUAGCAACGGAAAUUCUCAACUGGCUGAAACCCUUACUAAAUGGUACAACUAAGACAAUGGACAUGCUAGUAAGUAGUGCAAGAGAAUGGUGUAAUAACAAUAUCGUUCCUGUCCUUGUGCCUCAGAAUAGUUGGCUUAACCUUACUCUGCCUCCCCAAGUGACCAUGAUGACCUGCCUUCACCCUCUUAACAACAUGGUCAGUACGCCUGACAGUCAACAUGCCUUAUGCGUAUCACAAGAAACCAAUAUAGAAAUGUAUCAUCUACCGUCAAGAAAUUUAGUUCGUGUUUUCUCAGAACACAAGGAAAGAAUCACAUGCUUAUAUUUAACACUAUCUGGAAGAUUUCUCAUUAGUGGAUCCAAAGACUCAGAAAUUAUUGUUUGGGAUGUGGAAAAAGGCUCUUUUAUUCAUAAACUAAACCAUCACAGUUCUGGUGUUCAGUGUUUGACAACCACCCACUCUGAAGAGCUUAUAAUAAGUGGAUCUGAUUCAGGAGUAGUUAUAAUCAGUCGACUAGAUAGCAGUCAAGUAGUCCAUAAGUUAGAAAAUCACAGAGGUGUAAUUAGUACCGUAGCUGUAAAUUCUGGGGAUGACAUUUUCGCAUCAGCUUCGACAGAUCGAUGCGUAUGUAUCUGGAGUCUGGAAGACUUUUCUCUAUUGAACACAAUCCACCUUACAGCUCCAAUAACUCACAUGGACAUAUCUUGGGACUCGACAUUUUUGUUGCUAGCUUGCACUGACCAAUCAGUGCAUGUGAGAUCUUUGACGACAGGUUCUGACGUGCAUUGCCUGUAUGGACAUGCCGCAGCUGUGACAUCAUUAUGUUUUGCGAGAGAUAAUUGCAGAUGUGUAGUUGGCUGCAAGGAUGGUAAAGUUCACCUCUUUGAUAUUCAUUCUGCUAAGUUGCUUCAAACACUCAGUGGGCAUAGUGAUCCGGUGACCAGCAUACAAGCUCAGGAUAAUGACAGAUUUUUAAUAACUUGUGGUGGAAAUAAGAUUGUCGUAUGGAAUUUCUUUUGUAAAAGAACAGAGAUGUUUUCAACAAAAUCCCGAUCUAGGAAGGAAGAGAAACACCAAGAACCAGUCACAUGCAUUGCAGUUUCCCGUGACGGAUCUUUAGCAGUCUCUGGUUCAAAAGACCGUAUUGUUAAAGUGUGGCAGUUAAACUCAGGAGAUCUGCAUGCUAGUUUGAAAGGUCAUACCGGAACUAUAACAUGUGUUGCAUUCUCACCAAAUGGUCUAUUUGCAGUUUCAGGCUCAGAAGACGCCACUCUUAAAGUGUGGGGACUUACCUUAAGUCUCAUUGUUUCUACUUUUCAGGAGCACCAGAGCAAAAUAAUUGCAGUUGCAGUAACAUCUGAUAGUCGUAGGAUACUUUCUGUCGAUUCUCAGAAUCACCAUCGUCUUUGGCAAGCUGAUAAUGGCACUCAACUAAUCCUUUGUUCGAAAUCAUCACAGAAUAUUUCUGUUCACGCCAAUAUUGUCUUUGCAAUGUCUACCAAAAAUGAUAACUGUGUGAGGUACUGGUCUGUACUAGACAUGGAGUCUGAGAGAAUGAUCACAGUGGGCAAUACUGAAGUCAUCAACUUUUUUUCUGUCAGCUAUGAUUGCCAAAGCAUCGUCACUGGUUCACAUGACAAGUCCCUGAAAGUGUUUGAAGUAGGAACUGGGAAACUGACGCAGGUGUUGGUAGGUCACCAGGAUGCCGUUACCUGUGCUACAUUUGCGCCCCUCAAUCCUUCACUUGUUGUGUCUGGUUCUGUUGAUUGCAACCUAAUCGUAUGGGAUGUAACACUUGGAGAAGUAAACUUUACCCUACGUGGGCACACAGAGACGGUUACUGGUGUAAAACUUACGUUGGAUGGCUCAUUGGCAAUAUCAGCAUCAGACGACAACACUUUAGGAAUUUGGAACACAAGUACAGGACUCAGAGUUGGUUUAUUGGGUAUUCAUCAGAGUAUUGUUAAUGUAGCUGCAUCACUCAACCUUUCCCAAGUGGUACUUCAAGUAGCCAAUCAGCAUGUUGUUCCUCUUCUCAAACUCCACAACAACCCUUCGAAAGGAAUGAUUUUGGAUCUCCCCCCUGGAACACCCGUCACUGAAGAGGCUAAAACACCAGGACAUUCUUGGAGAGGUGUCGUACCACAAAGAGUCUUAUUGCGGGGCAAUCUGAAGCGAGAACAGUCAUUUGAUUCGUUCUACUGGGAUUUGCGCUCAUCAUCUCCAAAACAUGAUCUCGGAUUAAGUCUGGAAGAUUUUAGAAGGGUGCCUUCUCCUUUCGGAAGCAGAGAGCAUCUUCAUCUUGCUGGGACGGUAUGGGAUGGUCGUGUGGGUGGACGGGGUUUCGCCCAUGCAUCCGAUCUCCAACCCAAAGCUAAAUUACCGAAGCAUAAAAUGCUUAAGAAACAGCAGAGUAUGUUUGCUUGCUUUCCCGAGUUCAUGACUCAACAGAUCUCACCUCAACAGCUCAUCUCGCCACAAGGACUCAUAAAAGAACUUGAUCAGCAAAGAAAAGUUGCCGAUUUCGGGAGAAUGACGCCAAAGCUGACAGCACAGAAAUCACUCAGUAGGGCUGCGAGCUUAGAAGAAACAGGUGCCAAUUCAAAUGGUAACCCUGAUGGGGACAAUGUGUCUAUGGUCAAGCAGUCUUCUGUGUGCACUAUAUCUUAAUGCUUGGAUUUGUUGUAUAGACAGUGAAAUCUAAACGCAUAAGUGUUUAAAGCACAUCGUGUUCACCGCACUUAUUCACAAUGGAAGCAAAUAUUUCAUGGAUGAAUGUUGGCAAGGGUUUCCUCACUGAUCUUUGAUAGCCUUAACUGCACAACGAAACUGCAUGCUUAUUUAGCCAUCCAAAUGAAAGUCUUUUCAGUUAUAUUCCCCUUCCAUUUAUAUAGUAUCUAUUUUACAGAACUCUUGUAAUUUACCCCGAUGAUGAUUUGGUACACUUUUAAAAGGCUCUUCCACUCUCUACCGAACUCAACGGUCAAUGGCGAGGAAAAUUCUAAAGAUGAUCUUAACCAUCUUUAUUUAAUUUUAACAGAAAAGCUGAUGAUGGAUAUUUAGUCUAUUUGGCAGUAUCUUUCAAUUCAUGGAAAAUACAAAGCCUCCACCCAAUCACAAUUUGAGAUAUAAAGUAUGCGGUAUUUUAAAUUCUUUAUUUACUUUUUUUCUAACAAAAUUA